UGACGCGCCUCCUCCUGCAUCCCCCUCGUCUCCUCCUCCCCGGGCGUUAAUUCCAAGAUCCCCGCAACCUCCAGCUGGUCUUCAGUCCGCAUCGAAGACACAAUUCUUGGGGCUCGACAAUGACGGUGGGAUCGUGAGAUGACGGGCGGCGCAGGCGCGGGACCGAUGGCGCAGGCUCUUGCUGCUGAGAUGAGGAACAGGAAAAGAAAGUGAGACGAGAACACAGCUAAGGUUCCAUUGGGCCUCAUGUCUGCUCCUGCUCCAGCCAAUCGGAGGUCGGCCGCAGGCUCUCGCCGAUUCAACCCCCUGAAGGUGCUGCAGCCAAAACGACGCCUGCAGCAAAUACUGGCGUCCUCGCCCGUCCCGGUGCCGAGGCAGGCGUCUGGGUCGGAUGUGCCGGCACCAGUAGUGGCUCCGGUGCAAGCGGCGCCAGCGUUUGACUACUGCAGAUUCAUAGAGCUAGACUACGUUCCCAUGGAGACUGGAUACAUGGUCUCAAUGCGCCCCACAAAAGCCUAUCCAUCCACCAAGUCGCCAACCAAAGGACACUCUGCCACCAAGUCCCCGAGCCGCUCAACAGUCUCCCCUUCUACUCCUCGAUCCCGGCGAACUCCUGCUGCCCCCAGUAACAGAGACCCUUUUGGCAACACCACUCUCAGUAGCAGCAGCAACUCGGGCUCCUGCAAAGGAAGCGACUGCAGCCCCACCAAAGGACGCCACCAGAAAUACACGUCAUGCACCGACAACCACGGUAUCCGCCCGCCUCCUCCAGAGCAGUACCUCACACCCCUACAACAGAAGGAGGUGUGUAUCCGACACCUGCGGGCAAAGCUAAAGGAGACUAUCCACACGCUGCAGGACAGGGACUCGGAAAUAGAUGAGUUGCGAGGUCGACUUUGCAGGAUGCAGGAGGACUGGUUUGAGGAGGAGUGCCACCGCGUGGAGGCCCAACUGGCCCUGAAGGAAGCCCGUCAGGAAAUCCAGCAACUGAAACAAGCGGUCGACACUGUGCGAGACCGGCUGAGCGACGCGGGGGGGCUCAGUGGAGACAUCGGGGUCCAGCGGUACUUUCACGAUAUCAACACUCAGAAUCACAAACUGGAGAAUCUGCUGCUCAAUAUGGAGUUAGCUCAGGCUGGAUUAUCCAAAGAGGUGGAUGGCAUUCCAGGUUUCAGGACCCGGGUCGGGGGGUCUGCUCCUGCUUCUGUGUCAGGGGAAAGCCCGGGGGGUAUCCCCAAGCCGAUGGAUGGAGGCAGAGGGUCUUGUUCUUGCGAUGCUUCUCCAGCACGGUCGCUGACUAGGAGCUCAACCUACACCAAACUGAGUGAAAAGGCAGCGGACCGGAACGGGAAUGGGCCAGACUUUCCCAGUUUGUCAGCUGCAGGGACGCAGGACAGUGGCUUUGUGUGCUGCGGGGAGGUCAGCAUCCCAAGUCGCGCCGACCUUCUCCUCGAGGCUGCCUUCCUGUCAGAGGAAACGGCGUCCUUGCUCAACUCCUACACACAAACGUUUGCUCACUCUCUGCCCAACUCCCUGUCUCACACCUACUCUCACACUCUGCCCCGAUCCUUUCCCCACAAUAUGUCCACGUCCGUACCUCACUCCGUGCCGCAUUCCUCUACCUAUGAGAAGCUGUGUACAUCCGAUCGUCUCGCGCCUUUCCGAUGUGGCCUGGGAGGAGUGGGCUGUAUGAGUCAUCCUUGUCUGUCCCACCAUCACCUGUACCUGCACCCUCUCAGGGAGGCAGGCAUUCAAACGGAGAGCUGUCCCAUCCCGGCCACAGCUGGAUACCCAUCUGACCUGGACACCAUCGCAGAGCAGCGCACCUUCCGCUCGCAGGCCUGCAGCCCCACGUCCACCUGGCUGUCUGAUGAAGGCGAUGAAGAGCUGGACUCCAUCACCACCACCACCUCAGUGACGACAGCGACGGUCAUGAGCACAGCCACCGAGCCAAUUCCAGUGUCUAAAACGCCCCUGGUGUCAGCCAUCCCGCGCUCUGCCACGGUGGCUUGUUCCAUGGAGAGUCCUCAGGACCGAACCACGGAGAACGCCGGGGAUGAAAUGAUUGAGGAAACAAAGAUCAGCGUGAUGGAAGAAGGUCAGCAGCCAGAGGGAUGCCUGGACGGAAGCUCGGGCGGAAGCCAGACUGCAACGGAGGAAGUGCCACAUUUAGAAGGCGCAGGAGCUGCGACGCAUCUCCAGACUUUAAAUUCCCCCACUAGUCCCGAGGAAACCCCUGAAUGCCUGAAUGUGACUGACUUGAAUGAGGUUCGACAAUUCGAAUCAACCCAGGUGAAGACAGAAGAACCAGAGGAGCCACACACCUCCCAACCAAGGAGGUCGCCACCCAGUGAGGAGAUAGCAGGUGUCAUUGUCAUGGAGGUGCAUGACAGCGACGAUGAAGAUGAUCAACAGCACGUCGAAGCGCCAGGGAACUCAGCAGGCGGAGGGGCCUCUGAAGAAGAAAGCGGCCCAAUCCAGAGAAGCUACUGGAGUCGUCACUUCCUGGUGGAUCUCCUGGCAGUGGCGAUCCCUGUGGUGCCCACUGUGGCCUGGUUGUGCCGCGGUCCGAUCCGCGAGGGUCAGCCAAUGUAUCAUAUAGGAUCGCUGUUGCGUGGCUGUUGCACUGUAGCACUGCACUCGCUGCGCAGAGGGGGCGGGUUACGCCACUACCCCGCAGGCGGGGGAGAUGUAGGGGGGUCGAUAAUAUGAGAGGAGGUCUCCAGCCGCUGCUCGUGGAUCCAGUCGAUCCAACGGGUGCAUUUAGAACCAGGAAGUGGUCAACUCCUGUCUGGCUGGAUCCUGGCUGUUGCCCUCCUCCUCGCUUCCUGCAGCACCUCCGACUGGCAAAGCUGAAUGGACCUCAAGGAAUGUGUGGCCGAUGCUGAUAGUUUCCCCAGUCAUUGUUGAAAAUAUAGUGUUGUAAACACGACUUCAUUUGAAAAUAACUUCACAUUUGCGGCUGAGAGUCUCAAUCGCUGUUCGUGCUUGAAUGACAAAAGGGUAUUUUGUUGCACCGCCAGCAAAGGUUGAGCUCCGCCUCCAGAGGAUUCCAGACGUAGAAACACUUCACAUGAGCAUCACACUGAAUAUUCACUAAUACACCUGGUGGUAGGUUUGAGCAACUACAUGCAUUAUGAUAAUAACGUUUUAAUAGAACCGUAUUUGGCAUUAUUUUGUUCUAUAUCGUCAGAUUAUGAAAUUAUGAAUUGACCUUUUUAAAAUAUGUGGAUUCCUUUUAUGUGACUUUUUAAAAAAUUGUAUUUAUUUAUCUAACUAAAAAUAUCAACACCAAGCACUUCGUUCUUACCAGUAGUGACGGGCCGAUGAGGCUUCAUGAAACAGUGUCCUCCUGAGCUCAGUAGGUGGCGCUCUUUGUUUCAAAAUUGUGUGACGUUCACUGAAAUGGUUGCUCCACACCAAUGAUCUUAGAGCGAAGAGUGCCACCUAGUGGGCUCUGAAAGGGAGGACACUGUUUCAUGAAGCUUCGCAGGACCACUAGCCACCAGAAGUUGAGCUUCAGACUAAGAUGCCUGUAAAGUAUAGCGUUGAUCAGCCAAAUGUAUUUAUUGAGGUCAAUAAAAGUGACAAUCCAUCUCCAGAAGCAACCACCGUCGAGGAAUCAUUCAUCUCUCUCACUGAUCCAUGCAGUUUCCAAAGAUGUUUUUCUUACAACCAAAAUCACGCUCACCCUCAAAUGAGCUUUUUUUUGAGCGUUGAUCGACUGAAGAACCAGGACUGACUGUAGAUAUUCACCUGGGGGGAGGAGGGGUCUGACUGAAGUGAGCGAGACGCCGCUGCUUGCUGUAAAUUUUGGCUUUCCUCCUGUCCAGGCGUCACCUUGUGUGUUUCUCUGCACUGUACUAACAGUCCGUUUGUCUGGCGAUCUACUCAGAAAAAGCCUUGGUCAUGUCAAGUGACUCAUCCAAAUGUGAAUGUGUGUUGAGGUUUUACGUGUUUGAUCAAUAACAACGCUGGACUGUGGCCGUGAGAGGAGGCCAGAACCAAGCAGCCUGCAAACAAACAAGAGGCCACACUGUCAGAGACUGGUGAGGCAAACACGACCAGCAGGACCCCACGAAAGAGCCUUUUCAGUUCUCGAAUGAUGUUUUCGCGUCGAUCUAUUUUGCACUAACGUUCACUUUAUGAAUAUAGAAGCAACUACUUGAAGGUUAAGAUUGUAUGCGAGUGCUUGUGUGAGUGGCCGGGUCAAGUUUCGGACGACGGAGUCCUGUUCCGAAUCCUUCCUAAAGCUCAGGAGCGCCGCUGAAAGGACAGUUAAUAUUGUGUUAUUCAUUGUUUAAAACAAACAAACAAAGAAAAGUAAAUAAAGUGGAGGGUCCAGGUCAUGGCAGGACACUUCAGUGCUCGUGUUCACAAGGCGCGGAGUCUGCCCUCAUGAGAAAGGAGCAGCUGGAGGGAGCAAAAACUGAACGUAUAUUCCUUUAGAAAUGUAAGCAAACAAUCCACAUGGGCUAGAAAGAGGAGCCCACUCUGCGCAGACUUCCCACCACCGGCUGAGGACCAGCUGAGUUGUUCACAGUGAACUUGGGACUCUCACUUCUGAAUAAAAGCCAUAUGAGAGGGAAGCAAGUGAGGAAGAGGAGGACUUCAUCCUCACCAUGUCAUGACCAUGUCGAUGAUGGAGGACUCUCAAGAGCGCAGGGAAACGUGUCGUUCCUCUCGUGCUCUGAUCAUCAGGUUGGGGGGGGGCGGGGUCAUGUUCAUCUGUUCAGUUCUGUGUACGUUUUUUUUUUACUGGUGACUCAAGGGUAAUGUGCGUGUAAAUGUACCUCCUGACUGAGCCUCCACGGUGCUUAAAGAUAAGUUCAGCGAUGAGUUCAGAGGAGUCACCACUGGUCAGUAAGCGCUACUUUAGGUCUUCAUUUGUGACCCAUAGUGCACCUGGACCCGCUGCUGGACUGUGCCAGGGCGGACGGUCGAGAGGGUGGGAGUGUUUGUCAGUAUGAGAACGUUUCCUGUCACAUCUUUUGUUCUUGUCUUGUGUCCGAUAACGUGUCAUAGCCGAAGAAAAAAAAAAAAGAUAUGUAAACAGACGCUAUAGCCCUUGAACAUCUGAACAACUUCUAUUGCCUUGUGUAGAAAUAUGUCUUAGAUCUAGAAGAUGCCGAUGUAAAUGAACUAACUUUUCAUGGCAAAAGUGUGUGUCAUCGUUCACACUCCCACCGCACUGUAAAACCAGACCAUGAGCCCCGAUAUUAAACAGCAUGGAGGAAACCGCCUGCUUGUCUUCAUUUAUGCUCAUAUCUCACACAGCAAACAUCACUUUUAACUACAGAGCU